UGGAAAAAAAUCUACUAUAAUAUGUAAAAAUAAACAUGAGAAUGAUACAACAAAUGCACUUGAAUUAAUUGAAAGAUGGAUUUUAAAUGUAGCAUCAUUAGGAGAAAAAAAUCAAAAAGAAAAAUUAUUAACAGAAUUAA